AUGGCUCUGGCGCAGAGCGGCCGGUGGCUCCGCCAUCUUGCAAGAAGUCAUGCUGCCCAGAAGACCUGCAAUGGAUACGACAGCAUCACCAAUCCUUUGCUAUACGCCGGCCAAGGGCUUAGGUACAGGAAGCUGGAGGUCAUCCUCACCACGGUUAGUGGGUCGAAUGGGAGAUUUGCGGCGGCUGAUGCUUCGCAUUUUCAUAGCUGAAUGCUUCCUCUGUUCUGUCAUGAUGCCGGAUAUGUGAUCUUUUCUGUCGUCCUUUUAGAGCAUCGAGAAGCUUGGCAAGGCGGGGGAGACGGUGAAGGUGGCUCCUGGGCAUUUCCGCAACCACCUCAUGCCCAAGUUGCUUGCGGUGCCCAACAUCGAGAAAUACGCCUUUCUCAUCCGGGAACAGCGUAAGGUCGGCCAAUUUUUUUCAUGCUUUAUCUGUAUGAGCGGGAUCAAGUGAUCGUUGUCGAGUUAUGGAAAUGGGCCUGCCAGUUUCCAGUUUCCAGUUUCGCAUUUCUUUUUGGGGAUACUAUCUGUUUCUCGAUGAAGUUAUAAAGCUUUCUUAACUGUUCUUGACGAAACGGGCUCAAUAUGUCCUAAAUUUCAUUGAAGGCCUUUGUUGCCCGUAGCCAAUUUAGGAUCUCCUAGCAUGUCUAACUUUGUUGUUAGUUCAGGUCUGAGGGUCUCAAUAAAUGUGUGUCAGAGUUUCUCCAUUACUUCCAACACGGGUUGCUGUCUUUACAAAAUGAGAUGUGUUGCUGAUGGCAUAUUCUUUCCAGAGAAGUAUGGUCGCCUAGGGGAUGCCACUAAAACAUGGAUGGAAAGGGAAUAUAGUACAUGUUUUACUUGGCGUCAAUCUUGUAUGACAUUCGAUGCUGAGCUUGAUCAAAGACGAGGCAUUCUUUUUAAAAUCCGAUCUGCGCCAUAUGAUGAGUCUGUGUUGAUUGUUACAUGUCCUCAUUAUCUUCUGAAACUUGGAAGAACAGGUUUGUACCUGGCUCACUCUCUCAUAAGACCAUGAAUACCUUCCAAGCUUACUGACUACGUGGAUCUUUUAGUUUACUAGUCUAUGGCCCACUUUCUAAGUAUAUAAUUUGUUGGAGAAGGAGUUAUGAUGAAUGGUGAUUCAAUUUUACGUAUUGUGGAUAAAUAUCUACCUCAACUUGAUAAAAGUUUAUGAUACAAGUGGAAACCUAAGAAAAGACCUAUGAAUAGUCGUGAAUUAAAUUUUUGAUCGAGAAAUCUAACAUCCUUUCAUUUAUGAAAUUUGAUGUAUCACUUCGCUUCAUCAUUUAAAACACUGGACAUAAAUAUAUUGGAGUGUUUUCUCCUGCCAGGGUUUUUAAAUUGUAGUCUUAGUAUUCGGUUGGACAUUUUUCUGUAAUUGUCUUGGAUUAUAAUAUCAAUGUGUGAAAUAUAUAACUAUUCUUGCAGAAAAGCUAUUAUUUCGUUACACUUUUUUAUUUCUUGUAAUACCGAAUUUCUCAUGCACCCCUUAAAUUAAAUAAAGUUUUUAAACUGUUUCAUGAUUUUCACUAGUAAUUUCAUUUGCUGUCAGGGUAGAUUUUUUCGUAAUUUUUAUUUUCAAAAUGCUAACAUUUAUUUUCAUCUCUUAUCGGACCAGAUAUAUCAGCGUGAAGAAGAGGUGGUUGUAACAGAAAUUCCUAAGACUAAGGAGGACAAAAUGAAAGAAUAUGAAGCAGCAGCAAAAAGACUUGAUAAUGGUCGAAUUGUAAGUCUUUUCUCUAUUCCAUUCCAAAUGGUCGAAAGGAAUCUCUGGUCAUUUAAUGUCACUUUGCCUUUUGAAUUUUGUACACAUCUAUUUGUCUUUCAUGUCCUUCCGGCAUGAUAAAUCCAAUGGUCAAACAUAGUAAACUUCAGAUUGAGCUCGUCCUUGUUUUGCCUGGUCCCAAUCCAUAUGAGCCAUUAGAGAAUUUCCUGAAAUCAUUUUAAUGCUGUUGAAAAAUAACUGGAAAAUUUUGUAAAUAAUUAGGAAACGAAUGCCUUUAAUGACUGAUAGGCACACAUUUACCUUUGUAUGAACUAAAUUUCCAAGUCAUAUGAAGAAGUCAUUGGAUGCACAUAUGUGCCCCAAAGGAGGCAGGUGGUUGAUCAAGUUCCAUGUUUUUCUCCUUUUUAGUUUUUAAGAUUGAAUCUCAUGGGUCUCAGUGGCAUGGGAAAAGGGAGUCGGAAUCCAUGAAUCACUGAUCCACAGUUGAAAUCGUUCCAUUUGACUACUUUCAGGCUUAUCUUAGUCUAUCAUCUUGCUGAAUGCUGCGAGUCGAGUGUUUUCAGGUCAGUUCAAAAGCAAUCCAGUAUUUUAUAAUUUUUUUUGGGCUUUGGUAGGGAACUGCUUUCCCUCUCAGAUUUGUGUGACUCUGACCGGAGUGGGUUAAUGUAGUUCAAAGUUACCUUCAUUGAUAUCUCACACUCAGGACUGCCAACCUUGGUUGAUUUUAUUAGGUUUUAUGAUGAUGGUUAUGGCAGUACCAUGGAGAAUUUGCCUGAUCAGAACCCACAGACUAUGCAGCGGUGAUGUAGUCUUUUAUCGUUGUAUUUUCUCCCUUAGGCCCAAUAAGUGCUUAAAUUCGCCGGGGUCAAUUGAUUAUGUGCUGAUCAAAUCAUUCUCCUACAAUUUGGUUUUCCACAAUGAGUACUGGACCAGCCUGAAGGCUCAUCCGAUACUGAAGUCCCAUGAUACAUGUUGGACUGCUGGGGGCUAGGUCCAAGACUCGCAUGUGUCAUGCGAUGAAUGGAGCCUCCUUUGUGCAUUUUCCUGUGUGUUUCAUCUGAACGGAGUAAACAGCUAGUGUUCAUGCAAAAAACAGAGACACAUCUCCUUUGGGGUUUAUUUCGGAGGGAACUUCUUUUAUGAUUUAAACCAGAAAUAAUAUCCCUGCAUUUUAUUUGAUAUGCUGAUUUCAAAGGUAAGUUUUCGUGCAUAAUAUUUAUAGUUCAAGAUUGUUUGAAAGAUCUAAGCUGUAUAAAAUGUAGCAUUCUGUAUUUUGUUGGCUCCAAAGUAUUCUAUAGUCAUCAGAAUCGUCAUUCAAUACUUUCUGGAUCUAAUUUUUGUUAACAAGUGGUUAAUUGAAAAUUACUUGCAUGAAUUCGAAUUAGUUUCUGGUUACUGUUCUUAAGUAAUUUGCUUAAUCCAUGAGUACAUAACCUACUUACCGGUGAUAGCUAAUCCGCUAGUCUUUUGAUGGGUCGUGGAGCGCGUUUCCAAUGUUUUCUUCAAUGAGUUUAUUCUUGAAAAUCUUAGCCCAAGUUAAUUUGAUUAAAGCUAAUAUAACUCACAGAUUAAAUCGCAAAUGGUAACAUACAGAAAACCAGACUGUCGUAGAAUAAUUCUGCCUUAAGAGUUCAUUCUUCUAGACUUCUCCUUUCUUCUCUAAACUCCUAGUUCCUGGAACAUUGAUUGAAGUAUCUCGAACGUGUCUAAUUAUGGAAAUUUUCCUUGUAAAAACUUGCAUUCAGUCAUUGAGGAGGCUCAUCAAGGUUGACGAAGAGUUGCGUUCCCCUGUGACAAAGGAAGAGCUUGUUUCUGAGGUAUGCGAUCUCCCAUCCUUGGUGCUAUAGGACUUCUAAACGCCGUGGAAAUAAAAUUAGCAACCCAAGAUCUUAAACUAAUUCAUAUUGUCUGGGACAGAGAUGAUCGAUUAAUAUGAAGUAGUCACAACUUUAGCUUGAGAAACAGAAACACCAAAAAUCAAAAAGAAUCAUCCAUACCCAAUGGUUCAUUUAUAUUUCUGAGCCUGCUUAUCUCUUAAUCUUCAUAAGAAACUAUUCUAGCCGUUUGUCUGAAUUUUGAAAAAUAGUAAAAAAAAAAGAGUGAUUUUACUGGUUUAAUCUGCGAAGAUUGAGUUUUAUAAAAAACGUUUAAUCCAUCACUUUGUCUUCCAAGUAUCCCAUUUAGUUUCCGCUGCCCCAUUUGGAAAUCUUCAAGAUCUCAGAUAACAAGAUCAAGAAUGAGAUGUGCCCAAGAGUGUCCCCAGGUUUAAUCUGUGAAGACCGAGUUCUGCAGAGUUUGAUCAUUGAUUUUUCCUCCAAGUGAUCGUCCAAUUCCCACCGACCCAUUUGAAAAAUCUAUCAGAACUCAAGAACCAGCAUUGAAGUUAAAAGGAGAACAUACGGUCAAAAUUAUCAUCCUCCAUUUGGUGUUAUUUACGUCCAGGUCGCCAGGCAGCUUUCUGUGAACAUCCACCCUGAUAACUUGCACCUGCCGUCUCCACUGUCAUCGCUGGGAGAGUUUGAUGUUCCUCUCCGGCUGCCGUGGCAGAUCCCACCCCCUGAGGGGAAGCCCCAGCGGACUUUGAAGGUAAAAAUCCGAAGAAAGUGA